CUUGCUGGGGGAACGGAGGUAUAUUUGUUGACGUUCGCUACAAAUAUGGGUAUUUCAAUGACACGCCUCUUCUGAAACACUAACAGGAAGUAAUGAUCUUGUGAUUUUAGUUGAGAAAGAAUGACAGAAUACCCCAUCUGGGUCAUGUAGCCUUCAUUUAAUUAUAGCGAUUUAAAGAGUAGACUACAAAUAUUAGCUUUUUCUGCUAGCCCGCUGUUCAUUGUUGGUCUUUUGUGAGACCGAAUAACGUGUGAACUUUCGUGUGAUGAGGUGACAGCAAAGGAACCGCUUUUUUGAAGGUGAAGACAAUAUACCAGCGUCCGUGGUCAAACUUGGAUAGGCUACUAGUGGUUUGACACACACACACACACACACAGCAGAGGAUAUGUGGUGGUUCCAGCAGGGUAUGUGUAUUCUACCGGUGGCUCUGGUGUUAUGGACGGCAGCCACGUUCAUCUUUGCUUACAUCACUGCUGUGCUGCUGAGACAUGUGGACCCACUGGUACCAUACAUUAGUGACACAGGGACGGUUGCCCCAGAGAGAUGUGUGUUUGGAAUCAUGCUGGAUGUCUCAGCAUUCUUAGGCAUAGCCACCAUGUACAUACGCUACAAGCAGGUCCAAGCCUUGACGAUCGAAGAGGAGUCGAAGCUCCAUAAACUCAACAUCUUGGGUUUGAUGCUGGGAUGGACUAGCUCCUUUGGCAUGUGCAUUGUCGCUAACUUUCAGAAAACGACUCUGUUCUCCAUGCACCUGGUGGGGGCGAUAUUAACGUUUGGCGUGGGGGCACUGUACAUCCUUGUGCAGACCUUGGUGUCUCUGUACAUGCAGCCUCAUGUCCACGGGAAGAGCAUCUUCUGGGUCCGACUCAGCAUCGGAGUCUGGACCUUUGCCAGCAUCAUCAGCAUGUUUGUGUCAUCUGUCAUCAUGUACAGCAGUCUGCCUGGAGUGGACGUGGCCCAUAAACUGCACUGGAUACCUGGAGAGACGGGCUACAUCCCUCACAUCAUCAGCACCAUCUCUGAGUGGUCUCUGGCUCUCUCCUUCAUCAGUUUCUUCCUCACUUACAUCCGAGACUUCCAGAAAGUAACGCUGCGGGCAGAGGUGGACCUACAGAGCAAUCACCUCUACGAUUCACCACACUACAGCAUCACCACACCGGUCAACCAAUCUGAGACCUCCCCAUUGAUGGCGGGGGGCAUCUGAACAGGACAACUCCUAGUGGUGUGGUGGAGUCAAGCUGUAAUUAUUAACAUACUGAAUGGAAUAAUGAGAAUAUAGAAUGCUGAGCGUGUAAUCAACAAGCACUAAUAUAAACUGGGUGGUUCGAGCCCUGAAUGUUGAUUGGCUGACAGCUGUGGUAUAUCAGACCGUAUACCACGGGU